GCACAGCAGACGAUAACCUAUAUGACACAAAUCUCUCGUACCGGAAACUAUACUUUAUCUGACUUUCAAAGACUUUCAAAAUGAAAAACUAUUUUCUAAAUAAUUUGGGAUUCAAUCUUAACGAUGAGGAAAUGGCCGAUAUAUCACAUCCAAAGGCAGAAUUAAUAACCCACAUUACUCUGAAAACAUCCCAGUUGUUUUCAAUUGUUGGUACUUUAAUAUUUCACCCGGUGAGACAAAUGGUAAAGAAAGACCUUUGCCCAAGAAACUUUGUAAUUAAAGGAGCUAGAACAGGUGCAAAAGGUGCUGCUAUUGGGGCCGUAGCAGGAACGAUUCUCUCACUAGUAGUGAUUGAAAAGAAGAAACUUGAGCAUGACGGACUUUACGAUAGGGCCUAUCGUUUACGGCAUAAUCGCGGUCAAGUUCUUGUCGAUCAGGCUUCGGUUGGCCUAGCGACUGUUGGAGCCAUAGGAGGCACUGUAAUGGGUAAAGGUAUGGUAGUACCUGGUGUUUGGGGCUUAGUUGGAGGUGUAUGCGGCGCAGCUGCAUACAAUAAUUUCAUACGUAAAAAGUAA